CGCGGAGUCAGCAAGGAGGAGGUGAUCCGACUGAAGCAGAAGAGGCGGACCCUGAAAAACCGUGGCUAUGCCCAGUCCUGCCGCUUCAAGAGGGUGCAGCAGAGACACGUCCUGGAGUCCGAGAAGAACCAGCUGCUGCAGCAGGUCGACCACCUCAAGCAGGAGAUCUCCAGGCUGGUGCGCGAGAGGGACGCGUACAAGGAGAAAUACGAGAAGUUGGUGAGCAGCGGUUUCCGAGAAAACGGCUCGAGCAGCGACAACCCGUCCUCUCCCGAGUUUUUCAUGUACCCAAGGGAAUCUUCUACAUCAGUGAUGUGAAAAAUCCAGUUGCCUGAAGUCAAAGAGAUGUUCCUGACUUUGGCUAAGACCCAUCGGAUGCGACCACACAUUACAGAACCUCCUCGGGGCAGAGCAGGUGGACACAUACGUAGGGGAGACCUAUUGGUAGCCUUCCUCUCUCCCAUGGGAAAAGUGGCUAGGACUUGUAAGAAACAGUACUGCCUAGGUUCUAAGUACCCACCAGGAUUUCCUUCCAUUUGUUUGUUUGUUUUUGUCUUACACUUGAUGAAGUGGACAUGUUUUACCCUGACUGUAUAUACCUAUGUCCUAUCUUAUCAGACGUAAGGAAGACUUUACUAUUUUAUGACCUGGAGGGGAAAUAAAAAGCGAAAACAGUAG